GGUGCCCGCCGUCCCCUCGGCCGGUGCCGAACACUCAUCAGUUUCCUAUAUAUAAAGUUAAAGUCAACACAUCUGUUAUAUUUGCAAUUCCCUGCUGGCCAGGUCUCCUCCCACCCCUCCCAUCUGUUCUGCCUGCAGCCUCCCUGUUCUUCCCUACAGCUUUUGUUGUUGGUGUGUGAGACACACACACAUGCACCCUCUCCCUCUCUCUUGCUAGGGAUGGACUCUCUCACAGCUGAUCCUUCCUCACCUGGACGCAUGUCCUCAGUGGGCUGAUCCACGCAGCUUGGCCAGGACUCCUUGGUGGCUCCAGUUUAAUCCCUCCUGGCUGCCAGCACCUAAAGAGGCGAGAAGAAGAGAAGGGAGCAAUGCCUGGUGAAGGAAUAAAGACAUGAUUGGAAACUCUGGAACAAAACCUUGACUGAAUCCUAGGAAUUGCAUUGUGGAAUAAUCUGCAACGAUUUGCAAUUUUCAAGACUUCAUGAGCCCCAGAGGUAAGAGUGUGACCUUUGGCUGCAGAAUGAAUCAGGAAAGCAAGCAACCAGCUCCAUGCCACUGACUCCUGGUUAUACAAAGUCGCUGAUCCUUCUUCAUAUAUUGGCCUGUGACAUCUUUUGUCAACUGGAGGAAGAAAAGGCGAGACCCAGCUGAGAUCAGAAAUAGUUUGCAAUGUUUCCAAGGGAGGAUACCAUCCUUUAAUUAAAAACUACAUCACUGCAAAAGUUCCCAACGUUUCUGUUGGCUUUUCGGACACCAAGUGCAGGCAUCAUGCUCCUAUAGUUUUAAUGGGAAAACUUGGGUGCAGUAAGAAAUAGCAAUAGCAUACAAACACAUUACACUAAAGUGAUAAAUAAACCUCAGUGUAUCCCAAACAUCUCUAGACCUCAACAUGGAUGAUGGCCAUAGAGGCAAGGUGAACCAGGUUUCUGAUGACUACCGAUACCAAGAUGGCAACUAUGAAGGCUAUGCCCCCAGCAAUGGCUAUUAUCAGGGCAGGGAGGAGCCUGGUCAAGAAGAAGAUGCCCAAAGCGAUGCCACCGAAGGCCAUGAUGAAGAUGACGAGGUCUACGAAGGAGAGUACCAGGGUAUCCCUCACCCAGACGACAUCAAGGCCAAGCAAAAGAAGAAAUCCCAGGCGCUUCCAGACGAGUUUAGAGACCAUGCCGAACUCAUGGCGGAGAAGAUGGAGGACGAGGAGCAGCUGGCUCACCAGUAUGAGAACAUAAUUGAGGAGUGCAGCCAUGGACGCUUCCAGUGGAUCCUCUUCUUCAUCCUUGGCUUGGCUCUGAUGGCAGACGGGGUGGAAGUGUUUGUGGUCGGCUUUGUCCUGCCCAGCGCCGAAAAGGAUAUGUGCUUGUCCAGCUCCAACAAAGGGAUGCUAGGAUUGAUCGUCUACCUGGGCAUGAUGGUUGGAGCCAUUUUGUGGGGCGGCCUGGCAGACAAACUGGGCCGGAAGCAAUGCCUGACCCUUUCGCUCUCCAUCAAUGCUACCUUUGGCUUCCUCUCCUCCUUUGUACAAGGAUAUGGGUUUUUUCUCUUCUGCCGCCUUAUCUCUGGUUUUGGCAUUGGAGGAUCCCUCCCCAUUGUCUUUGCCUAUUUCUCUGAAUUCCUGUCCCGGGAGAAAAGAGGGGAGCACCUGAGCUGGCUCUGCAUGUUUUGGAUGAUCGGAGGGCUUUAUGCCUCUAUCAUGGCCUGGAGCAUCAUUCCACAUUAUGGAUGGGGUUUCAGUAUGGGGACCAGCUAUCACUUCCACAGCUGGAGGGUCUUUGUGGUUGUCUGCUCUCUCCCUUGCAUAGCAUCUCUUAUAGCGCUGAAGUUCAUGCCAGAAAGUCCACGGUUUUUGCUGGAGAUAGGGAAGCAUGAUGAAGCCUGGAUGAUCCUCAAACAAGUCCAUGACACCAACAUGAGAGCCAAAGGAGAGCCAGAAAGAGUGUUUACGGUGGCCAACAUCAAAACUCCAAAGCAGAUAGAUGAGUUCAUUGAAAUCCAGAGCUCCACGGGAACAUGGUACCAGCGCUUUUUGGUCAGAGCCACAACUACCUUCCGACAGGUUUUGGACAAUGUGCUUUACUGUUUGACAGCCCAGUAUAGAAUGAAUACCCUGUUUCUGGCAAUUGUCUGGUUCUCUAUGGCCUUAAGUUACUACGGCCUUAUUGUCUGGUUCCCGGACAUGAUACGCUAUUAUCAAGACGAAGCAUAUAAGUCUCGCGAGAAAGUCUUUUACCAGGAAUCGGUGAAGGACAUCACCUUCAACUUCACCCUGGAAAAUCAAGUCCACAGGAAUGGGACAUACAUCAAUGACAAGUUCAUGAAGAUGAAGUUCAGGGAUGUGACCUUUGAGGAUUCAGUGUUUGAGGAGUGCUACUUUGAAGAUGUCACAGCGAGUGAGACCUUCUUCAGAAACUGCACCAUUGUCAGAACCGUCUUCUUUAAUACAGACCUUUAUGAACACAAAUUCAUUGAGUGCACCUUUAUGAAUUCCACAUUCUUGGAGCAGAAGAAAGGUUGUCAGCUGGAUUUUGAGCGAGACAACGAUUUCCUCAUUUACCUGGUCAGCUUCUUAGGCAGCCUUUCAGUAUUGCCUGGCAAUAUAAUCUCUGCAUUGCUAAUGGACAAAGUUGGGAGGAUCAAGAUGAUUGGGGGCUCUAUGCUGAUCUCCGCCGUCUGCUGCUUCUUCUUGUUCUUUGGCAACAGUGAGUCGGCCAUGAUCGGCUGGCAGUGCCUCUUCUGUGGCACCAGCAUUGCCGCCUGGAAUGCCCUGGAUGUCAUCACUGUGGAGCUCUACCCAACGCAUAAAAGAGCCACAGCCUUUGGCAUACUCAAUGGGAUCUGCAAAAUCGGGGCCAUCUUGGGAAACUCGAUCUUUGCCUCCUUCGUUGGCAUAACCAAAGUGGUCCCCAUCCUCCUGGCUUCCUCUGCUUUGGUCGGAGGAGGUCUCCUUGCCCUGCGGUUGCCAGAGACACGCGACCAAGUCUUGAUGUGAGCCAUUUGAAUGGAGAAAGGAAAUGUCAACAGACUACUCUACGGAGGGCCAUGCUUUAAAUCAAAACGUCCGCCAGUAUUUCUCCACUGAUACCUCAGAUUUGGGGGGAGGGAAGAGGAGAGGAGGAGGCACCCCACUGAGCGAACGUCAAAACCUUAGUUCUAGGACAAGUGUGAAGUGGCGAUGGUGCCCACAUGGCCAGGCUUAUACACACACAAACACACAAACACAUACACAAAUACAGAUACACACCCAGAGCUUUGCUCAUUGCUUCAGAGCUAACACUUUUUAGGGGGCCAUCGGAGCCCUGUCUUCUGGCCGAAUGUGUGUGACCAUCUCAAACACAAAUUGAUAUCCGCAGCAGCGUUGUGAUUAUGCAUGUCGUUGUCAGUGUGUGUGUGUGUGUGUUGUAGGGAGUGACACAAGCCACUCCGCCACCAAGUGACCCUCUCAGAGCUCAACUGAAUGGCUUGUUGUCUGCGUUUCUAUACCUUUCCAAGCAAACCAUGGGGGAAAUCCAAGCUCAUUCAGCAACGGCAACCAAAUGUGUGCUCAGGGGGCAAUCUUUUUUGGGAAAGUCAUCAGCCAUUGGUUCGAUGUUUGGCGGAGGAUGAGCUCUACUUUAGAAAACCCAAAGCGAGAUGCCCAGUCUAGUCUUUGUGUUUUCACAGAGGAAGACGCUGAGCCUAUCCUUGGCAACUGGACAAUCCUUCUUUCUCUCACACCAAGGACCAUAGAUUUGCAAUGGGCCUCUUAAUGUAUUUAGUCCAAUCCUCUGCUUAAGUAACUUAUAUCCAUGGUUCAUUCUGGAAAAUCCUCAUCUAUGUUUGCUUUGCUACUUUGAAUAAACUUCCCAUUCCAUUUGCAUCAAGUCAUUCAUAACACAAACUAGAAAUGAACGUGUUACCCACAUAUAUUUUCAUUGCAUUCAGUUGGGAUAGGAAAUAGUGAAAAGAAAUGGUUGGCAUUUAAUUUAAUACACCUUGGCAGUCUUUGAGAUGCAUUGGUUUGGGGUCGGAAGCAUAUUUUUUACCAUUGGGGGUUAUAUGUUGAUGUUAUUGUUGCUGUUGUUGUUGGUCUAACUAGUUCCACUCCUGUUUUCUUCACUGAACAUUAUGUGAUUCCUGAAACCAAAUAUGUACAUAUCCUGCAGUGUAAAUAGGAGUCCAGUUGGUAAACUUAAGACGAUGGGGACUGCAGAAAUUUUUACCAGUAUUAUAGCCAUAUUUACCAAUGGAAAAUGUCUAAACUACAUAGAGAUUUCUGCCUGACUGGAACACUGUAAAGCACAGUUAAGGGAGUAGCCAUGUCAGCAGUUUCUUUUGUAGAGGAACUGCACUCCGCAGAAAUCAUUGCGUUGUACAGACUGAAUCUCUGAUCUUCAGCCAAGCGGGGAGAAAGAAAGUUCUUCAUAUACUUUGCAAAAAGAAAAACAGCCUCCAAACUCUGGGGAUUUGUUGAGCUCCUCUGAACAUGGCUGGGAUGGCCUCAGACUUAAGCCAACCAUGCUUGGCUCCAGCAUCAGGAAGCAAUGAUGGAACAAACAUGUUAAGUGGCUCUGUUGUAUGUCAAAGAUUAAUAGCAUCAGGUUGGACCUCUGCAUCAAGUUAAGUUGGACCUCUGAUGGAUGAACCAAGUUCUACUUUGACCUGUUGUCUAUGAGGCCAUGAGCAAUCUGAAGAGGAUCUGAAGAAACAUCUAUUCUAGCCCAGGCCCAAAGACUUCUGCCAAAUUAUUUGCUUAUGGUUUGAUUUCUUUCACGCUUGCGGAGGGUUGCAGCUGAGGGUCUACGCUGUUGGCAAAGAUCUCUUCAAACAAAACACAAUCAGGAAAAAUGAGCCAUCCUCAGAGACAUGCCAUAUGAAAAACUGCCUCUUUGCACCACAAUCUUUCUUAGGGCAUACGGACAGACUGUGUUAAAAACCAGCUGGUUUUAUGCAUCUCCUCGAAUUGCAUGAACUGUAUUCUCCUCCUCUUCGUUCUUUGCAGUCAGCUUUAAUGCCCUCGCUGCUUCUUUCUUCCGGUUCUCUUUAAUGAUGUCAAAAAAAGCCAUAUUGUCUAGUUCACUCUUAGGGGGCAAAAAAUGGGCAGGGAUGAGUUUAAAUCCAAACUGGCAUCUUUCUGUUUGCCUCUGCUGAUCCUCUUCCAGGCGCACUAUAUAGACAUCUCCAUACCUAACCUGUGUAACCUGUGUGUUAAGACCUCCUCCUGCUAGCUGUGGGAUCCGUGGCUGUAGCAUAAUCUGUACAGAAGAAAUGUAUUAUUCAGUAGAUGUUUAAUCCCAUCUGGACACCCGCAUUUUCCUUUUUACCCCUUUCCAUCCCCCCCCUUCUUCUCCUUUUGGUCAGUUGUCUUGAAGGAGUUGCUUCCUAAUUCCUUGUCUUUCUCCCCACCGAACACAUCUCCGACUUUGGAAAAUCCAUGUCAAGCAAUGAAAUUGCAAUAAACCUAAACCAAAUGUGUCA